ACCCGUACAAUAAAUAAAGUACAUUCUCCACCUCCCACCUCAAAACCCUAACCCUAUCACCCUAAUAUCCUCUUAAAUCCAUGUCCUCCCGGAACCAGAACAGGCCCCCUCCCACCCCGGUCUUCGACCCCACUCCAAGCCCCUCAAAUGUAAGAUUCUUUCUUGGGAUUACUUUGUUCACAUCUAGGGAGGAUGUGGAGAGGCUUUUGGGUGAGAAGAUGAAGGGGAAGAACCAGAAUGAUUACAAGGGAAAGAGCGAGCAGAUGAUAGAGUACAUAAAGAAACUAAGGACUUGUAUCAGAUGGUUCAUGGAGCUUGAAGAUGGGUAUUUGGCCGAUCAGGAGAAACUCAGAAGUAUGUUGGAUUCUGAAGAGAAAAGGCAUGCAGAGAUUGAGGCUCAGAUGAGGGCCAAGGUUGAAGAAUUAAAUGCAAUUAUCCAGGACCUUCAGAGGCAGCAUGCAUCUUUGUUGGAAAGCUUCAGAAAGGAGGCCUUCGUUAAAUCUUAUGAGACGGAAAGAGAGGCAAGGAUUGCAGUUGAAAAUUUGCGGGCAAAAUUAUCCGAAGAGCUGGAAAAGGUUUUUUGAUUAUGAGGUCAGUCACAAAACUGUUGCAAUCAUGCGCCAAUUUUUCAAUGGUCCUUGGUUGUCAUGGAGGGAGGUCUCUGCACAUGCUAAAGUUGGAAUGCUUCAUUAUGAUUGCUUUUGCCUUAGAUGAUAGGUCUUUGUAUUACUAGGAGGAAUGAAAUCUCUGUUGAUCUCUAUGACAUACUUUUGGAUUUUGAUUUUGAUGGAUUUAGGACAUGUUGAUGUCUAUUUUGAAUGAUGUGUUAAAUGACUUUUGCGUAAUGUUGAAUGCCUUUGCUAUUAAUGAUAUUAUUAUUAUUAUUAUUA